CUCAGCCACGGGAAGAUGAUGGCGUCGGCGGAGCCUCUUGUGCUGCUUGGAGGGUCGAAGCGGCUCCUGGGAGGUUCUGCAGCCAUUUAAUAAACAAUAAACUAAUCCAUUAAUAUGAACCUUAUAGAGAAAGAGGAUGCCAAGAAGAGCAAUCUGGAAAACAAAAAAUGAGAAGAAGCACUAAAACAAACCAUCAAUCAAAAUCUUUUCUUCUUCUUCCAGAAAGUGUUAAAACCUUUCUCUUUCCUGAACAGAUAUAGGGAGACAAAGGAGAGAAUAACAGAAACUGAGUUUUCAGGUGGGAAAAAAAAGGAUAAUGUGAAACUGAAGAAAAUGUUGCAUGAAAAGGUAAAAAUAUAUAAUUACCAAAUUCAGAAAAAGUGGAAAAUAGAAAAGAUCCCAUGGACAACCAAAGGCCUUAAUGAAAGCAAUUGAGGAAGGAAAGAGUGUCUUGAAUCAAAGCACCACCAGAUAAGGGAUACGAAGUAUUCUUUGCCCCCUCAUGAAUCCAAGAAUAUCAGUUUUGCUAAAACCCCACAGACUGCCUAUUUUUGGGAAAAUACAGAUUGCAGAUCACAGUUCAAUUAUGCACAGGAGGAUCCAUUCCCUAACAAAUGCUUAGUGAUCAGUAAAAGCUAUACUAAGAACACGAUUCCCAUGGAACGGCCGAUGCAGGAGGAGGAGCUCCACCAGUGCUGCCAAUGUGGCAAAACAUUUAGCAUGCAAAACAAUCUGGUGGGACACAAGAGGACUCACAUUGGGGAGAAUCUUUUUGAAUGUUCUGAUUGUGUGAAAAGUUUCACUUGGAAUUCUGACCUGCUGCUACAGCAGAGAACUCACAUGCAAGGAAAACUGUAUGAGUGUCUAUUUUGUGGGAAAGGUUUCAGUUGGAAUUCCCACCUUGUGGAACAUCAGAGGACUCACACAGGAGAGAAACUGUAUGAGUGUCCGGAUUGUGGGAAAGAUUUUUCUUGGAAAUCUGACCUAGUGAAACACCAGAGGAUUCACAUCGGAGAGAAACCAUAUGAGUGUUUACAUUGUGGAAAAGGUUUCAAGUCGAAUUCUCAUCUAGUGAUACAUCAAAGGAUUCACACAGGUGAAAAACCAUAUGAGUGUCUGCAGUGUGGAAAAGGUUUCAUUCAAAAUUCCCUCCUUUUGCGACAUAACAGGACUCACACAGGAGAGAAACCAUAUAAGUGUCCAGAUUGUGGGAAGAGUUUCAGUCAGAGUUUUGACAUGGUGUUGCACCAGAGGACUCACACCCAAGAGAAACCGUAUGAGUGUUCAGAUUGUGGGAAAGGUUUCAGUUGUAAUUCUGACCUGGUGAAACACCAGAGGACUCACACAGGAGAGAAGCCAUAUAAAUGUCAUUGUGGGAAAAGUUUCAGUCAGAAUUCCUACCUGAUGAAACACCAGAGGACUCACAUGGGAGAGAAACUGUAUAAGUGUUCAGAUUGUGGGAAAGGUUUCAGUUGUAAUUCUGACCUGGUGAAACAUCAGAAGACUCAUACGGGAGAGAAACCUUAUGAGUGUUCAGAUUGUGGAAAAAGUUUCAAAUCUAAUUCUGAUCUGGUGAAACAUCAGAAGACUCAUACGGGAGAGAAACCUUAUGAGUGUUCAGAUUGUGGAAAAAGUUUCAAAUCUAAUUCUGAUCUGGUGAUACACCAAAGAAUUCACACAGGUGAAAAACCGUAUAAAUGUCAUUGUGGGAAAGGUUUCAGUUGUAAUUCUGGCCUGGUGAACCAUCAGAGGACUCACACUGGAGAAAAACCAUAUGAGUGUCCGGUGUGUGGGAAAGAUUUCUCUUGGAAAUCUGACCUGGUGAAACACCAGAGCAUUCACAUAGGAGAGAAACCAUAUGAGUGUUCAGAUUGUGGAAAAGGUUUCAACUCUAAUUCUCAUAUGUUAAUACACCAAAGAAUUCACACAGGUGAAAAACUGUAUGAGUGUCUGCAGUGUGGGAAAAGUUUCAUUCAAAAUGCCUUCCUUUUGCGACAUUACAGGACUCACACAGGAGAGAAACCAUAUAAGUGUCCAGAUUGUGGGAAAAGUUUUAGUCAGAAUUUUAACAUGGUGAUACACCAGAGGACUCACACAGGAGAGAAACCAUAUGAGUGUUCAGAUUGUGGGAAAAGUUUUAGUAAGAAUUCCUACCUGAAGGAACACCAGAGAACUCACACUGGAAAAAAAAGGUAUCCGUGUCUUGAAUGUGGAAAAAAAUUCACUUGGAACUCCAAGCUGUUGAGACACCAGAGAACUCACACGGGAGAGAAACCAUACGAGUGUCUCUAUUGUGGAAAACGUUUCAAUCAGAAUUCCCACCUGGCAAUACACCAGAAAACGCACACAGGAGAAAAACCAUAUCAGUGUCCAGAUUGUGGGAAAAGUUUCAGUCAGAAUUUCUAUCUGGUGAUACACCAGAAAACUCACACAGGAGACAAACCCUAUCAGUGUCCAAUUUGUGGGAAAGGUUUCUGUUACAAUUCCUACUUGGUGAAACAUCAGAGGACUCACACAGGAGAGAAACCGUAUGAGUGUCUUGAAUGUGGGAAAAGUUUUAGUUGGAAUUCCAGUUUGGUGAUACACUGGAGGACUCACACAGGAGAGAAACCGUAUGAAUGUCCGGAUUGUGGGAAAGAUUUCCGUUAUAGGACUAGUCUUAUAAAUCAUGUAAGGUUACACAUAGGGGAGUAACCCUAGAUUGCACACAUUGUUUCACACAAAGUUCCUUAUCACACAAGAAAUUUCCACAUGAAGCAACAUUUGAUGUGUGUAGAGGAAUGUUGAAUUUUGUUUGUUCUCUCUCAUUGGAAA